CAACUGAGAGCCUCACUGAGAGCCUCACUGAUCAGGCUGAGCUGCCUGUCAGAAGCUUGAGGCUGAGCACAGGUCUGCUUACACAGCAGCCUCUCAGCAGCUUGUCCUCUUUCAGCACAGGCAGUUGAACUUGAGGAGCUCCAGAGCACCUUGCAUGACAUGGGCGCCUGAUUGAUCAGUGACUGUGACGUUGUCUUGUCUGUACAGCAUCCGUAGGCUCGAGUCCCUCUUUCUGACUGCUGAUCCUUAUUCCAAUCUGCGCUCUCGACCAACAUUUUACAGAGGCUUUACUCAAGAAAAGCCCAUUUGAUGGCGGACGCAAGUGAACAGCCGUCGAAGGAGGUGGAGGUUGGGGGGGGUGGCCCGCUUGCUUCGCUUUCCAAGGCUUUUGGUGGUGCUCUUGGGUGGGCAUCAAGUGUGCUUCCAAAAGGCGCAGACAACUCGUCAGUGGAGAAAGCGCCAGACAGCCCCCCACGUGACAAGGGCGAUGGCUCUUCCUCUCCUCGCAAGGAGGGCUUGUUUGGCCUUCCCUUCUUUAAGCCCAAGCCUUCCCUGUCUGAGGAGGAAAAGAGGAAGUCUUGGGCCGUGGGGUUGGAUGGGUGGGUAGAUGAGCAACCGCAAAUAGAGGUGGAGGUUCCCAAGGGCUGCUUCUGCAACCUGUACUGCAAGUUCAAGGUGGGACUGCAUCCGGACGGUGUGUACGGCAUCAUCUCCGACCCGGACAACAAGCGGAUCUUCAAGAACAUCAAGGAGACGGUGCGGCGCGACAUCUUGGAGGACGACGGCGUGCAGCAGCGCGUCAUGAUGGAGCAGGCGGCCAUGUGGCGCUUCCUCGUCUUCUCGGGGACUUUCAACGUCACACUGGACAUCCUCCAGAACGAGAAGGAGCGCUUUAUGAAGUACAAGCUGGCCAAGUCCGGGUUCAUGAAGAAUUUCGAGGGGUCGUGGGAGAUCGAACCCCACAACUACUUAUCGCCCAACAGUAAAGAUGGCGUCGAAGGGACGGCUUCGAUGGUGACUAUCCGGCAGAACAUCCAGCCCGCCAUGGUCCCGCCGCCCCCCUUCUCGGGGUACGUUCGUGGGAUCACCGUGCAAGCCACCCGGGACCUGCUGCGCGACUUGCAGCACGAGGCGGAGCGCAUCCGGCUCGGAAAACCGCUCCCGACUCCCGAGGAAGAAAAGGCAUGGGAAGAGGAGAAAAAGCGGCAGGAUAAGGAGGGGUCGAAGCCCGCUGCCGCCCAGCCGGCCGCGCUUCCUUGGGGUAUGGAUAAGACGCUCCGGCUUGGGGGGGGGGACUGGGAGGUGAAGAAGUUGGGGGAGGGGUUGUUGGAGGAUGACGAGCCCAACUUCGGGGGGCGGGAGAAGCCGCGGAGCAAGUGGCAGGACCGGGAGAGGGAGAAGCAGAGGAAGAAGGCGCUGACUUGAAGAGGGAGGGAUGCAGGAGAGGGGUUAUGGGGUGGGUUUGAUACCAAGGUGAACAGGUGGGGGUGAGUUACAGGGGUCGGGUCCGCUUUGAGCAAAGCAAGGUGGUUGGCCUGGCGCUCAGGGUGAAAAGGCAAGGGAAAGAUUUGAGGAAAGAACCGGCAGGGUGCGGAGGCGUGCUUUUUCGGGCGAGGAUGGAUUGCUAACGGGCAGGAGCCGGUCAGACGGACCUACGAAUGACGGUACGGAGAGUGGUGUCGCCUUUUCCAUAGAUCAAUGUGACGGGUUCCGGGCCCUUCCUAGCAAUGUUCAAUUGGCUGUUGUUUGCAAUUCUCAAGUUUGUCGCGUAGGCUUGUAGUUUCAUGCAAUGCGAUAGGUCAUAGCAUCACGAUCACGUCUUAGCCACCGCGUAGUUGUCCAUUUGCACGCAUGCACGGAUUGCUAGCCAGGUAAAUCACAGUCAUCGUCUUGUUGAAAGACAAGAGAAGUUCGCCACACAUGUGGGACUGUAUAUAUGCUAGGUUGUGGAAGAGUUUACAAGAGGUCCGGUUUAGACUACGAAGAUGUGAAGGGCAGGGGAUCACAGAAGCCGUUGCUUGUUCCUUGAGAUCCCCACUUUGCUACUUCGCGGUUUCAGACAACAUCGAUCUGGGGUUGAGGCUCUUGCAUCCAACGG